AGAUGGUAGCACACUGUAACACUCUGUAGUGAAAUUGCUAAUAACUGCGCAUAUAUCAACAAGAUUUUUAGUAAUCUCUCUUAUAUCAAGCAAUCAUAUAAAAUAGCUUAAAUAAUACAUGGUUUCAAAAUAUUGACUCAUCAUCAUAUAUGAGUGUUUCAUGAACUGAAACGUUAUAUAUAAAAAACUUAUAAAUAUCUGCAGCAUUCAACACAUGAAUCAAUUCAGAAGAAGUAUAAGCAAGAAAGUAAUCACAUUCAAGUGAAUAAUUAUUAUAUGAUUUAUAUAACGCGCGAAUAAAUUUAGAAGAAGUAUACGCAAAGAUAAAUAUAUUUUAUUCACAUAAAAUCGAAUCAUUAUUAUAUGAUUUAUAUAACACGCGAAUAAAUUUAGAAAAAGUAUACUCAAAGAUAAAUAUCUUUUAUUCACAUAAACCCGAAUCAUUAUUAUAUGAUUUAUGUACAUUAAUAAAUAGCCGUGACCAUGCGGUGGUGGUUGCUGUUGCUGUUUCUCUGGUGCGUCAGCCCGUCACACCAGACGGUGCUCAGGCAACUCACGGGAGUCUCGGGUCACAAGACGGAUGAGAACGAAGCGAUACGUUUUCUACAGCGUUAUGACGUGACCGCUUCGCACAUGUGUAACGCCUUCAUGGAGGCGAGCUGGCGUUAUAACACUAACGUUACUGAAUACAACCGUCGUGUUAUGGUCAGCCAACAGCUGCAGUAG